CUUGCAACCACGGUAUCUCUCAAUCUGCAUCCUAUGAUCGUGCACUUCAGCUGCCCAAUACCAUGGCCACUUCUGGUCAGACCGCCAUAGGAGCUGGCGGCGAUCAUCAUGCAUCUAAGAAGAGGAAAAGCGGCAAUACUUCGUCAAUAAUGGUGGGAGUAAGCAACGCUUGUUCAGAAUGUUAUCGGAGGAAGCAAAAGUGUGAUCGAAAACGACCUUGUGGCACCUGCGUCGCACGCGGCGUCGUGCCCAAGUGCAUGUUCGAUGAAGAUUUCCGGUAAGAUGGUUUGAGCAGUUCUCGACUUUGUAGUCUUCUUUGUUGUUCCUAUUUCGACACACUAAG